UGAAGAAAGGUUGACGAUCUUCAAGAACCGGCAAAAAUUUAACGGAGAAUCACCGUAAAUUGAGGGAAUCGAGGGAGAUUGGCGCGCGAAAUUCGGGCAAAUAAUCAUCUUCUGCAAUUCUUUACUACCGCCAUUGUUGCUUUCUUCAUCACCAUAAAACUUCCAUUUCUUUUUGUUCUUUAGAGGCAAAAUGUCAGAAAACAGCUACUCUUUCUUCUCUUCUCUCAAUGAUAACCUCCUGGAAUUCGACCGUUAUGUUAACCCUAACCCUAACCCUAACUCUAAUUCUAAUCCUAUUUCCAACCAAAUUUCAAACCUAAGUCCUAAUAAUCAAAUUGACCCUUCAAAUUUUGUUUCACAAUCCCUUUCAGACUUCAAUGUCAGUUCCUCUGAGCCUAGUAAUGCAAGCAAUCUUCUCACUCUUACUAUCCCCCGCAAACGACGUCGUGGGAGGCCUCGAAGCACUACUUCCUCAAUUCCUUCUUACAAGCAGGUAUUUUCAAUUCCUCAGAUUUAUGAAAAUUCUAUUAAUGCUAGUAGUAGUAGUAGUGGUAAUCGUUCUAUUAAUGGUAGUUUUAAUGCGCGAUUUGCGAGACCAAAUUUGCAAAUGGAGUAUAGUUCAACAGAUUUGUCAGAGGAGAUUAUUGUGAUUAAUAGGGAAGCCACUGCCGAGGCGCUGACUGCCCUUACGGCUGGGUUUCCUGCGGAUUCUCUCACCGAUGAGGAGAUUGAUGCAGGAGUGUUACCUGUUGUUGGGGGGAUUGAACAGGUUAAUUAUAUUUUGAUUAGGAAUCAUAUAAUAACAAAAUGGAGAGAAAAUGUGUCCAAUUGGGUUGCAAAAGAGACGUUUCUUGAUAUUAUUCCCAAACAUUGUCAUUGGCUUUUAGAUACUGCAUAUGAUUUCUUGGUGUCUCAUGGGUAUGUUAAUUUUGGGGUUGCACCAGCGAUAAAGGAGAGGUUUCCAGCUGAACCCACCAAGGGAAGUAUCAUUAUUAUUGGGGCAGGGUUAGCUGGAUUGGCUGCUGCAAGGCAGUUGUUGCGGUUUGGUUUUAAAGUGACUGUUUUGGAGGGAAGGAAGCGUGCUGGAGGUAGGGUGUAUACGAAGAAGAUGGAGGGUUUGAAUAAGAGUGCUGCUGCUGAUUUAGGUGGGAGUGUUUUAACAGGUACAUUAGGCAAUCCUCUCGGGAUUUUGGCAAGGCAGUUGUCGUAUCCACUCCACAAGGUGAGGGACAAGUGUCCACUUUAUAGAGUUGAUGGAUCAACAGUUGACCCUGUCUUGGAUUCUAAGGUGGAAACUUCUUUUAAUAAGCUUUUAGAUAAAGCUAGUCGCUUGCGGCAAUUGAUGGGGGAUGUUUCGCAGGAUGUUUCCUUAGGGGCUGCCUUAGAGACCUUUCGUGAAGUUUAUGGGGAUGCAGUGACUGAUGAAGAGAUGAACUUGUAUAAUUGGCACCUUGCUAAUUUGGAGUAUGCAAAUGCUGGUUUGCUGUCAAAGCUUUCUCUUGCCUUUUGGGAUCAAGAUGACCCGUAUGAUAUGGGUGGGGAUCAUUGUUUCUUGUCUGGUGGAAAUGGUAGGUUAGUGCAAGCUUUAGCAGAAAAUGUACCAAUCAUGUAUGAAAAGACAGUUACUUUGGUUAGAUACGGUAGUGAUGGAGUUCAGGUUACUGCUGGGAACCAAGUUUUUGAAGGUGAAAUGGCUCUGUGCACCGUGCCGUUGGGGGUUCUGAAAUGUGGUUCCAUUAAAUUUGUACCUGAGCUACCUCAGAGGAAGCUUGAUGGAAUAAAGAGGUUGGGUUUUGGGUGUUUGAACAAAGUUGCCAUGCUCUUCCCCCAUGUCUUUUGGGGCACAGAUCUUGAUACAUUUGGUCAUCUCUCUGAUGACCCCCUCCGUCGGGGUGAAUUUUUUCUUUUCUACAGUUAUGCAACUGUUGCGGGUGGACCCCUUUUAUUAGCUUUAGUUGCUGGAGAAGCUGCCCACAAGUUUGAGUCAAUGCCUCCUACUGAUGCUGUGACGCAUGUUCUUCAGAUCCUCAGGGGAAUUUAUGAGCCACAAGGAAUCACUGUCCCAGAACCUAUUCAAACAGUCUGCACAAGAUGGGGCAGUGACCCCUUUUGUUUAGGAUCUUACUCCAAUGUGGCAGUGGGUGCUUCUGGAGAUGACUAUGAUAUAUUAGCAGAAAGUGUGGGAGAUGGUAGACUAUUUUUUGCUGGAGAGGCAACAACAAGGAGAUACCCUGCAACAAUGCAUGGAGCCUUUCUCAGUGGGCUUCGUGAAGCUGCCAACAUGGCACAUUAUGCUAGUUCACGCGCAUUAAAUUUAAAGGUUGAGUUGUGUCCGUCUAGGAAUGCUCAUACUUGUGCUUCACUUCUUGCUGAUCUUUUCAGGGAGCCUGAUCUAGAAUUUGGGAGCUUUUCUGUUAUCUUUGAGAAGGAUAAUCCUGAUCCCAAAUCAAGUGCUAUACUCAGGGUCACAUUCACUGAACCUCGAAAGAAAGGCCAUGAGGGUUCCAAAGCAGAUGUGUUGCAUUCAAAAAAAUUGCUCUUCCAGCAGCUUCAGUCACAUUUUAAUGAGAAGCAACAAGUUCAUGUUCACACAUUGUUAUCAAGACAACAAGCAUUUGAGCUAAGAGAAGUUAGAGGUGGUGAUGAUAUGAGGUUAUAUUACCUCUCUGAAAAACUUGGGAUUAAGCUGGUGGGAAGGAAAGGUCUCGGCCCAACCGCAGAUGCUGUCAUUGCAUCCAUAAAAGCUGAAAGGGGCAGUCGCAAAACUGUUUCACCUUCUGUAGCUGUUAAAUCAGAAGGAAUGUCAAGACCCAAAGGAACUUCUGAAAAGCGGAGGAUGAUUAGGAAAGCAAAAGUAAUUAGAACCGGCAGUGUUCCGGUGCCAGCUACUACUGGGGGAAAUCAUGUUGGCCUCCUGCCCUAUUCUAAAGGGGAAGGCAAUGGCUUAAACACCCCUGUUAAAGUACCGGUUAGUCAGAUCUCUUCAAUCUCGUCCGAGGCUACUGAAAAAGCUGACGUGCCAACUUCUUCUGAAGUAGCAGACCGUGAAUAUGGUUUGUCUUCAUCUGUUACUCCAAGUAUGGAUGUUGUCUCCGAUGUUACUGCUAUGCGGAGUCUAAACCUGUCAAUUGACAAUCGAGCAGAACACAAAGUUGGGUCAUCUGAAUUUUUUUGAUCAUGACAUCAAUCCGGUAUCAUCUCUAUAUUAUAUUGGUGGAAUCUAAUGCUUCUAGGCUAACAUGCAUAUUAACUCCUAGUGUAAAUACAUCCACAGAAUACUGUUCUAGUCCUCAGUUGCGUUUUACCGGCAUUACUGCUUUCCCAACAUAAUACCUUGGGUCUGGUUCAUUUGUUCUAAGUCGUCUACUGAGAUUAUUGAAGUGAAUCGGUAACCAUGGUUGACAUGUGACCCACAUCUUCAGAUAUGGAAAAUUGAAACUUACUCUUGAUAAAGAAUAGGUUUGGGUGCUGCCUUAAAGUAUGGCAUUUUUGAGGGAUGAGUGAAAAAUGUGAACAAGUGUUGCUCCCCGUUACCAGGCAGUUAUGUGACAUGGGGAAGCCAAUGUCUGUCUUGCUUGUCGACAGUGAAGAAGCGGCAAAAGUUAUCAGCAAUCUGGAACCGAUGCCUGUUGGUAUCACUGCAGUAAUUGGCACUGCAACAGUAGGAGUUUGCACUCCAAAAACUAAAAAGUUAUCAGAUUGGAUUGAUAUGAUUUUUCAGCUUCAUUUUUGGGUCUUCCCCUUUAGACCCAAACACGAUUGAAUUAGCAGAUUAAGAUCAAGUUUUUUAACUCAAAAAUGAUCUCAUCCAUAAAACCGAAAAAAUGGGUCAAGCGGACUGUAAUUUGAUCCAAUUUUGUGUUGUUACUAGCUUUUUGCUGAUGUUUUAGAAGUUGUACAUUAAACCAAAUUAAUUUUAUUUUGAAAAUAAUUCUGUAAGGUACUCCCUUCAUUGCAGCACUAGUGUUUCAUUUGUUUUU